GGACAGGUAAAGUUGGAGGUGUAUGGGAGUUUAGUUCUAACCGAUUUAGCUGGCUUUGUAUAAGGACGAUUUAAAUACAUACGUUUUGAUCGCGGUGCAUGUGCUUUGCUGAGAGCCAGAGAGAAAUUCCACGCAACGAUCGAUCAUAUUUCAGAUGUUGCAAUCCCAGAUACGGACCUAAUAGACUAAAGUCGACAUUCUCAGGAUAAAAAGGACCCUAUGAACAUGAAGAAAACAUAUACUGGCAUUGCGAGGUCCACCAGUGGCAGGCUGAGGAGGCCAGAGCGCGGAGAGGCGACGAGUCCUACCGGUACUGGUUCUACACUUAAGAGGUCAUUUGAAGUGGAAGAGGACACAUCCACAAACCCAUCCCCUCUUUCUCGUAGAACAACCAAUCCUCUGCGCUCCUCCACCUCUUCUACAAGCAGCCGUUUCCACGACAUGAGAUCGCUCAACUCCGAGUCCACCUCCAGGCACGCUUCAGAUUCCUCCUCCAACCAGCGCUCUCCAAAAUCCAGCCUGAGGCGCAUAGAGUUAUCGGGGAGCCGUGUCCCAGAGACUGUGUCGCGCAGGACAGAGAUCUCCAUCGACAUCUCCUCCAAGCAGGUGGACAGCUCACCCAGUCCCGGCAUCGCCCGCUUUGGCUUAAAGAGACCUGAAGUCUCGCUCCAGAGUAAAGCCACAGAUGGGCCUGCUCACAGAAGGGCUGAGGGUAACCACAGCAGCAGACCCCAGGAACCUCCAACACCCCCUAGGAGAGCCGACCCACCGGUAUCUGCGUCCCGGAUCCCUGAGCUGUCCCAGAGGCGAGCGGAGCCUCCCAGCCCUCUUGAGGUCUCCGCUCCAUCUAGACGGGUUGAGAUGCACGUUAACAGACAGCUGGACACACCGUCUCCAAGGGAGUCAGAGAACAGCUUCACCUCAGCAGCCAGCAUCACUCCUACCUUCAAUGAAUACAAAACCCCUCCAUCAGCACAUGAACCCCCCGUAAGGCCUCUGGAGAGGUCAGAGGUCAUUUCCAGCUACAGCAGCAGUAGCAGCAGCAGUAGCAUCAUGGCAGAGUCUGUUAUAUCAGAGAUGCCCCCAGCCAUGAGCAUGGAGAAGCCCAGCGUCGACUUCAGCUAUGUGGGCAUCGAUGCCAUCCUGGAGCAGAUGAGGAGGAAGGCCAUGAAACAGGGCUUUGAGCUCAACAUCAUGGUAGUGGGUCAGAGUGGUUUGGGGAAGUCCACACUGAUGAACACGCUCUUCAAGUCUAAGGUGAGCCGCAAGUCUGUCCUGGGCACGGCUGAGGAAAAGAUUCCCAAAACCAUCGAGAUCAAGUCCAUCAGUCAUGAUAUCGAAGAGAAAGGAGUUCGAAUGAAGCUGACAGUCAUAGACACACCAGGGUUUGGUGACCAAAUCAACAACGAGAAUUGUUGGCAGCCCAUAAUGAAGUUCAUCAAUGACCAGUAUGAGCAGUACUUGCAGGAAGAAAUCAAUAUUGACAGGAAGAAGAGGAUCCCAGAUUCACGAGUGCACUGCUGCAUAUACUUCAUACCACCCACAGGACACUGUCUUAGGCCUUUGGAUGUAGAGUUCAUGAGACGUCUCAGUAAAGUGGUGAAUAUUGUUCCUGUUAUCGCCAAGGCUGACACCUUGACUCUGGAGGAGAGGGACUUCUUCAAAAAGAAGAUCAGGGAAGAGCUUCGAGCCAAUGGGAUUGACGUCUAUCCGCAGAAGGAGUUUGAUGAGGAUGCAGAGGACAGAAUGAUCAAUGAGAAAAUACGAGAGAUGAUUCCUUUUGCAGUAGUAGGAAGUGACCAGGAGUACCAGGUCAAUGGGAGAAGACUAUUGGGAAGGAAGACAAAAUGGGGAACUAUUGAAGUUGAGAAUAUUGCCCACUGUGAGUUUGCCUACCUGCGGGACCUCCUCAUAAGAACCCACAUGCAGAACAUUAAAGACAUCACCAGCAGCAUCCACUAUGAGAUGUACCGCGUCCGUCGGCUCAACGAGAAUAACACCCAAGCCAACGGCCUCGGCGAACACCAUCCGGCCUGCCACGAAAUCUAGCUCCCCCAUCCAAAUGACCCCCUCCACUCCCAUUCCUCACUCCCCUCCAAUCCCCAAACCUCUGUUCACCCUGCGCUCUGCCCACCCCCUUCCAUCAGCCAUGGACUGAGGUGAAGAGGUCCAUCUAGAGAAGCACAUAAUGACUUUACCUCCCAGAAACUCCAGCACAGUGCCCUGAAACCCCUUACGCCCACUGCACGGGCACUAAAGGGUGAAGAGGUCAAAAAUACAACUGUUAAAGAGCUUCUCUAUAUACUGCAUGCGUUUGACUCACUCUGCUGAUGCUUCAGGUCUGUGUCUGUGUGCAGAGGUUGAUUAUGAGGCAGGUUCUGAUUGGUCAAGCUGUGUGAAAAGCUCUUCACGUGCAUCGCUCUUCCUUUUGAUAUUGGAAUGAUUAUUUUACAGAAGGUUGCUCUGAAUGCUCCUUUUUAUGUGAUUUGUUGAAUGCUCUCUUAAUAUUUAUGCUUCAUUUUGAGCGAGACAGAUAAGAAACAAGGCUAAGUCAUCAUCUGAAACCAGAGCUGAUGUGGCAGCACCUUAAAAUUUCCAUUCCGCAUUAUUAAACUACAGGUUAUCUGAUGUCUACAAACUGAACACUAGUUGCUUAUGGCAUUUCAGAGAACCUGGAGUUUGGUUCUGCUAUUUGUUUUAUAACAUCUGUCCAAAUAAUUACAGGAAAACUGACUCAUUGGGCCCUCGGUACCAUAUAAAAACAGUCAUUUGUGUUGGAAAGAUUAUAUGAGCUAAACAGUAUUUAUGUUGAUUAAAUGGGAUUGUUACAUGCUUUAUAUAAACGAUCUUAUUUAUUGCAAAAUGUGACCUUAACUGGUUAGAGAGUGACAGUGUCUUUUCAAUAGGCUUUUAAUGAAUCGAUUUAAUUGUGUAUACACCGUUUUUAUCAGGCAGUGUUCAGUGCCGGUUAUCUUAAAUCUUCCAGACCGCCUCGUUCUCUUCCAGUAAUGCAAAAUAUGUUGAAAUCUGCACCAUCUUUUGUCAGUUUAGGUGUCUUGUUUUGUCUUGGUCUGGAGGAAAGGGCCUACAGGAGGGGAAACGUAAAGUGCCAAGAUGUCUUUGUGCCUUAAAGCUGCCUGCCACAUCUGAUGAGGAGCCAGUUUUAAGAACGGUGAAAUUCCUCAGGCUUUGUUCUUGUCUGCAAACCCCCUUUAUAAACGCUCGUCAUUGGGAAAAUAUCUUUGUUUUGUCCUGUGCUGUAUAUUCAUAGUGAUUAAAUUUUUGUAUUGGUAUUCAGAGUAACACAAAUAACUUUGAUAUCCUGUUAUUUUAAAGAAAUAAAGAUUUAAAUGGUAAAUAAU